ACCCAGUCCGGAUCCGAGAGAGGGAGAGAGACCCCCGGACCCAGUCCGGAUCCGAGAGAGAGAGAGACCCCUGGACCUGGACCCUACCCAAUCCGGAUCAGACACACACCGAGAGAGAGACCCGGAGAGCCCGGAUCAUAGUGAAAGAGGAUCCCGGAGGUCGAUCGGGAUUCCGGGCGCAAUGGCCACAACCCGAGUGAUUCCGGCUCGGAAAAUGCAGAGAUUCAUCCGGAGCAGCGGCGGAGCGGGCAAGGAGCGGGAACCGGGGAUGUCCCGCCCCCGCUUUCUGGAAUGCUAUGAGCUGGGCCCGGCUCUGGGCAGCGGGGGAUUCGGUACCGUCUACUCGGGCAGCCGGCUCUCGGACGGAGCAGCGGUCGCUAUCAAAUACGUUCCGAGAGAGAGGAUCACUGACUGGAAGCUGCUGAAUGGAUGUGUGGUCCCCCUGGAGAUUGUGCUGCUGAGGAAGGUGUCAACUGGAUUCCGAGGCGUGAUUCAGCUGGUGGACUGGUAUGAACAGCCUGAUGGCUUUCUCCUGAUCAUGGAGCGCCCAGAGCCGGUGCAGGAUUUGUUUGAUUAUAUCACGGAGCAUGGUGCACUAUCUGAGGAGACAGCCCGCGGCUUCUUCAGGCAACUGCUGGAGGCAGUGGAACACUGUCAUCGUUGUGGUGUGGUCCAUCGAGACAUCAAAGAUGAGAAUAUCCUGGUGGAUCUCCGCACUCUCGAGCUCAAACUCAUUGAUUUUGGAUCUGGAGCAUUGCUGCGGGAUACCAUCUACACAGACUUUGAUGGUACCCGUGUUUAUAGCCCCCCAGAGUGGAUUACCCAUCACCGUUACCAUGGUCGCUCAGCCACAGUGUGGUCACUCGGGAUUCUGCUGUAUGAUCUGGUCUUUGGAGACAUCCCUUUUGAACAGGACGAGGAGAUUACACAAGGAACAAUUCCCUUUCGUCGGCCUCUUUCUGCAGAGUGCCAAGAUCUCAUACAGUGGUGUCUGUCUCUCCGCCCAUCUGAUCGCCCAACACUGGACCAGAUCCUGUCUCACCCAUGGAUGAAGCAGGGCACUGAGGGGCUGGCUAUGAAAGGCCUCGAACUAUCAGACAGCUCCAGCCAUGAGAGUUUGUGAUUUCCUGGAGCUGAAAGCUGCAAGUUUAGGCAGCAGGAAGUACCACAGAUGUGUGCUACCUAUCGAGGGAGCCCCAGCAGAAACUGAGGGCCACCAACCCUCGGUGGACACCAGAGCACAGAACGAUGCCACAGCAGAGUUCAAUGGAAGAUUUAUUGGCGUGGCGACUGAAGUUAUACUGUCGGUAUUAUACAGCCAGAGGGCUACUCAAAACUGGACUCUCUCCAUGGACCCCUGCUGAAGGGGAUAAAGUGACUAGUGGGCAUGGGCCUAUCAAUAAGCGGGGAAUGUCUGUCACUGUGUAACACUGGGAUACAGUACCGGUGGGGACGGGUCUGUCACUGUGUAACACUGGGGGACAGUACCGGUGGGGACAGGUCUCUCACUGUA